CACCUUCAGGUCAUAUUAAUGAGCAGAAAAACUUACCCUUUCACUCCUUAAGAAUCCACAUUCUUGUGAAAAUCUUCUUUAGAUUGUUAAUUGAAAAAGCUGACAAAUUCUGGUCUCUCAGUAUUUUUCCCCCACAGUAUGAGCACAGUAGAUUUCAAUCAUUAUGCUACUUUCCGACAAUAGAGUCCAGCCAGUUUUCGAUGUCGUCAAUUUCUGUUUAGAAUGUUCUUAUACAGCGAAUAUAUAUCGUGCUAAUGAUGAUCAAGGACAACAAUUCUCUAUCCAUAAUAAUCUUUUGCCACGAAUUCAUUUUGACAAAAAUCACCCAUAUUUUAAUCAUCAUUUACAAGAUCAUCGUUUCCAACGUAAAAUAUUACCAUCACUGCGAAAUGGUGUUCAUGUACCACAAGUGGGAGCGAGAGCAACAGAUUCAUCCGAAUAUUUUAGUUGGGCAAAUAAAAAUGGUCGUCCGUUGGAAUAUCUUCGAGGUAAACGAGGAAAUCUUAAUAAGUUUUGGUUAUUUGCAAAAAAAGAUAGUAGCUAUGAAGAUCAUGCUGCAUUUCAGAAUACAUUAGCAAACGGAUUUUGGCGAUCAGGAAUUGUUGGACGAUAA